AGGCUGCCUAAAGAAGCAUCAAGAGGAGAAGACUGCAUAGCAACUGUGAACUAGGAUUUUCAAUUGGUGCAUAAAUCGAAGAGGGUGCGGCUUUACUACAUUGAGUAAAAUAUAUAUUUUACUUUCAGUUUCAUUUCUUCGUUUGCGACUGUUGGUUUGGUCCAGUUUCAUAUAUUUUUCAGCAUUGGAAAGACUUGGAAAAAUAAAUCAUGAAAACGGUUUUGUCCGUAGUUGCUUUCUGCGUCGUGUUGGUGACCAUAAACGCAAAAGAAUCUCCCCCCAAGGUGCAGGUGUACAGCCGUAACCCAGGGGAACAUGGGAAGGACAACACCCUGAUCUGUCACGUGAGUGGCUUCCACCCCCCUGACAUCAGCAUCCAGCUCCUGAAGAAUGGUGUGGAGAUCCCAGACGCCAAGCAGACAGACCUGGCCUUCGAACAGGGAUGGCAGUUCCACCUCACCAAGAGUGUUGGAUUCACACCAGACAGCGGAGAGGAGUACACCUGCAGAGUCCGCCACCUGAAGAAUCUGAAGACCUACACCUGGGAGUCAAAUAUGUAAGGAUCUGGAGCAGGACUUAAUGGGGGGCGUUCCAUCUGUGGCCAGCCCUACACUAGAGCUGAGAUGACUGUAAUUUCCCCUCUCAACAUGGGCUUUCGUUUUCAUUUUUGAUAACACUUUGUGCCAAGGUGCCAGUUUCAAGGGUUUUGAGUUUUAGAGAAUCAUUACUAAACACUUAAAUGAUUAAAGUUGUGUAGGUGACCUCUUCUAGAAAAGCUGCCAGUAUUUCUGGCUGAGAAUCGCAUUCUCUUCUUUAAAAACAAUAAUUAAUGAUUGAUCAAGUAUUUUCAUUGUAUUUUUUUUAGAUGUGUGGGGACUCCUUGUAGUCCUUUAAUAUCCUUGAAGUUGGUACCAUUAAGUGUGAGCACAACAUUUUUACAUAAUUUUAAACACCUAUGUUAAUGUGGUUUUAGUUACAAGCACAAAUUGUCAACAAUGUCAAAUCUGAUAUUUGAUUAAAAAUAUAUUUAAAAGCCCAAA